UAAAGCAGAAGGCAGCGUGCAAGAAAAGACGAGGCUCCAAAGGGGUAGAGGACGGGACCAGAGGGCAUAUACCCAUAAAUGCUUCCAUGGAUUCCACCACAGCCUGUUCACUCAAUGGGGUAUAUCCACUCCAGUAGGUCCCUUCAAUCCCAUUUUUGAUUCCUUCUAUCCCUUGUACUCCAUCGCAUAUCACUCCUAUUAAUCUAAUCCAUUCUCUCCAAUCUCUCGACUCUAUUUAACAGUCAUGUCCACUUCUCUCUCUAUAAAUCCUCCCUCCUUAUCUAUCAUCACCACGACUCCCUCUUCUCCCUCCUCCUUCUCCUCCUCCUCUUUUUCUACUUCUUCUUCUUCUUCUUCUUCUUCUUCUUCUUCUUCAUAUACCUCUGUUUCUCCGAGACCACUCAGUCUUUAUCCUUCUACAGCAAAGCCCAUUACCCUCGUUUGCCGACAAGCUCGCUUUUCUCCAUCUGAGGGAACAUCAAGGCUUAGGAGGAGGACUAUGGCUGCAAAAGGAGACAUGACCAUUACAGAAAUGAGGGAAGAAGACGAAGAGGAGGAGAGUCCUCCUCCUUCGCUCGAGUCGGAGGCAACUUCCAGGCCUCGCCGUAUCGCUCUCUUCGUCGAGCCUUCUCCAUUUGCAUAUGUGUCAGGAUAUAAGAAUCGGUUCCAGAAUUUCAUAAGAUAUCUACGUGAAAUGGGGGAUGAGGUAAUGGUUGUAACAACGCAUGAAGGGGUGCCACAGGAGUUUUAUGGAGCAAAACUGAUUGGGUCACGGAGCUUUCCUUGCCCAUGGUAUCGAAAGGUUCCUCUUUCUUUGGCACUUAGCCCUAGAAUAAUCUCAGAGGUUGCCCGAUUUAAGCCUGAUAUAAUACAUGCAUCAUCACCUGGAAUUAUGGUCUUUGGUGCUCUCUUUAUUGCAAAACUAUUGUGUGUUCCUAUAGUGAUGUCUUAUCACACCCAUGUUCCAGUAUAUAUCCCAAGAUACACCUUUAGUUGGUUGGUGAAACCCAUGUGGUUGAUCAUAAAAUUUCUUCACAGAGCAGCUGAUCUCACUCUGGUGCCAUCAGCAGCCAUUGCAAGGGAUCUCCAAGCUGCUAGGGUAACAGCAGCUAACAGAAUUCGUCUUUGGAAUAAGGGGGUUGACUCUGAAAGUUUCCAUCCUUGUUACUAUUCUCAUGAAAUGCGUUUAAGACUAAGCAAUGGUGAACCUGAGAAACCAUUAGUAAUCCAUGUUGGAAGACUUGGGGUAGAGAAGAGCUUGGAUUUCCUGAGAAGGGUGAUGGAUAGACUUCCAGAAGCAAGGAUAGCUUUCAUUGGAGAUGGCCCUUAUAGGGAGGAGCUGGAGAAAAUGUUCUCUGGCAUGCCUGCUGUGUUCACAGGGAUGUUGCAAGGUGAGGAGCUCUCUCAGGCAUACGCCAGCGGGGAUGUUUUUGUGAUGCCCUCAGAAUCUGAGACACUGGGUCUGGUUGUUUUAGAAGCCAUGUCAUCAGGGGUCCCUGUGGUGGGAGCUCGUGCUGGGGGAAUCCCAGAUAUCAUUCCUAGGGAUGAUGAGGGAAAGACUGGUUUUCUCUAUAAUCCUGGAGAUAUUGAGGACUGCUUAAGCAAACUAGAGCCUCUGUUGCACAGCCAUGAAUUGAGAGAAACCAUUGGGAAAGCUGCACGUGAAGAAAUGGAGAAGUAUGAUUGGAGGGCUGCGACUAGGAAGAUACGCAAUGAACAAUACAAUGCAGCAAUCUGGUUCUGGCGGAAAAAGAGAGCCCAGCUGCUACGACCUCUACAAUGGCUGACAAGACUUUUCUUCCGAACACCAGAAAUUAACUACAGAUUUGGAUAAAGAGUAUACUAGAUGAUACUAUUAUGGUGGCCACCAACAGUGCUGCCUAGUCGCUAACAGCCUAACCCUACCUUGCCUACAAUGUCGUUGAAGAAUUUGAAUUAUACAGAGCAUGUGGGGAUAAGCAUAUGGGACUUGAGAGUACCUAGAGAGAAGGUGAUAUGAGCAGCAGCCUGCCUGGUGGCGUUUCGUUUUCAUACCAAAAUCAAAUGUAGAAAAGACUUGGCACAGGGUUUUUCUUUUGGCAAAUCUGGAAGAGCCUAUAUUUAGAGUGCUUAGGUGUUGGCCAUGGCUAUCGCACUGACCUACGGCCUGGCCUACAUGCAUACCGAGGAGGGAGGACUGACCACCACGGAAUAGGGGGUGGCACCUAAUCAAUUAUUGAUGUGUUUUACUUUUCUAUUUGUAAGGUUGAAAUUGCAUCUUAAUUAUGCAACGUUGGCAAAUUAGUAAAUUAAAUGGCUUUUGAAGUA